AUGAAUGGCUUUGACGAGAAGCGCCUCGACGAGGACGCGUUUGGCGAAAAGCCCAGCCUGUCUGGGUUGAAGACAUUCGAUGCAUUCCGUGGACUAACUUUCGAAUUCCUAGCCAAAACAAAAACCUCCUACACAACCCCCACCCAACGCGGCGGACAAUGGACCGUCCUCAUCCUCGCCGUCUGCACGCUCUUCAGCUUCCACGAGCUCCGAACCUGGUGGCACGGCACAGAAGCCCACCAUUUCAGCGUGGAAAAGGGCAUCUCGCACAACCUUCAGCUGAACCUCGACAUCGUCGUCAACAUGCCCUGCGACACCCUCCGCGUCAACAUCCAAGAUGCCUCAGGCGACCGCAUCUUAGCCGGCGACCUGCUUAACCGCGAAGACACGAACUGGGACCUGUGGAUGAAGAAGCGGAAUUAUGAGUCGCAUGGUGAACAAGAGUACCAAACACUUAGCCAUGAGGCGUCGGAGCGGUUGAGUGCGCAGGAGGAGGACGCGCAUGUUCACCAUGUUCUUGGGGAGGUGCGCCGGAAUCCGCGUAAGAAGUUUGCCAAGGGGCCUCGUCUGCGUUGGGGGGAUAAUAAGGAUUCUUGUCGGAUUUAUGGAAGUCUGGAGGGGAAUAAGGUGCAGGGUGAUUUCCAUAUCACGGCGCGGGGACAUGGGUAUAGGGAGUUUGCGCCUCAUUUGGAUCACUCGGUCUUCAACUUCUCCCACAUGAUCACCGAGCUCUCCUUCGGCCCCCACUAUCCAUCCCUCCUCAACCCGCUCGACAAGACCAUCGCCGAAAGCGACACUCACUACCACAAAUUCCAAUACUUCCUUUCCGUCGUCCCAACCCUCUACUCCAAGGGCCGCAAUGCGCUGGACCUGGUGACCACGGCCAAAGACAACUCCGUCCGCUACGACCGUAACACCAUCUUCACAAACCAGUAUGCGGCCACGAGCCAGAGCACUGCGCUCCCCGAGACCCCCGCGCUGACGCCCGGUAUCUUCUUCAAGUAUAAUAUCGAGCCGAUCUUGUUGCUGGUCAGCGAGGAACGGACCGGAUUCUUGGCGCUGGUUAUUCGCGUCAUUAAUACCGUUUCGGGGGUGCUUGUUACUGGUGGCUGGAUUUAUCAGAUUUCCAGUUGGGUUGGGGAGAUUAUUGGGAAGAGGAAACGGCAGUCGGAGGGUGUUUUGACUGGGAAGCAUUACUCAGAUUGA